AUGGAGGCUUCCAGUUCCAGAGUAGAUGAUGGUGCAACGAUGAAGAAGUCAGUAGAAGAGCAACUCUAUUUUGCUGCAAAGGUGGAAGAUCUGCCACACUUCGACGCACUGUAUCAUCAACAUCCUUUUGUUGUUGAACAAACGGUGUAUUCUGGAUCACGAAACUUGUUGCACAUUGCAACAGCGGAGGGAAAAGCACGGAUCGUGGGUCUGUUGGUGAAGAAAUGCCCACAACUAGCUGAAAGAGCUCGACGACAAACGGUCGACGCCGCUUCACAUGCGGCAGCCAAAGGGCACGUUGGGAUUGCGGGAAUGCUGUUGUCUGUGGCCCCCAAGAUGUGUUGGCGGCUCGACGACCACGACAUGAACCCGGUUCAUGUCGCAGCCGCCAACGGCCAUGUAGACGUCCUCCGGCUUUUGAUAGAGCAUGACCUGUCUUCCGGAAUGGAGCUGUUGGAGGGUCGCCGAAGUGUGUUGUCGUUGAUUGUGAAGCGUCGGAAGUUAGCAGCGUUGACAUUUCUCGUGGAAACGUAUCCGGAUCUUGUUCUUGAGCAGGAUGUCGAUGGUGAGACCAUCUUGAGCUUUGCGAUCAAGUACAAGUAUCCUGAGAUCAUAGCAUAUCUGUCAAGACAUAAAGCAUUCAGGCACAUCACUAGGCACAUCACUACCAUGAUCCGAAAUACAACCGUAACGUCCUCGGUAGUGAUGGGUCUGGUAGCCCAGAUGGCAUAUGCGGCGAGCCUCAGGCCCCCGGGCGGCUAUUGGCAAGACACCACGUCAUCACACAAAGCCGGCAAAGUAGUGGUGACAUCCACUCAUAGCGGACUCUACAAGUUGUUCGUGCGUUCUAACAACACGACCUACGUUUCGGCUCUCCUGGUGAUCUUUCUCAUCAACAUCAUUCCGCCGCAGACAUCAAUCAUCUACACACUCGCCGUAUUGCUUGAGACGAUUGUGGCAUUAGGAGGUGUUUCGCUUGGCAACUGCCACGAUCAUCACGAAUCCAGUGCAAAUACAUCUUGUUCGUCAAGUCAUUACAACUGUAGGUGCUGCGAUCGCGGGCAUCUUGCUGUUGGUUAUUUCCAUGGCUGUUUUGAAGAAUGCGUACACGAAAUAGAAGCAGCAGAAUCUGCAGAAUGA